GUAUCCAUUCAAUCCCAAUUCAAGUUGCAGCUUUUUGUAUCCAAUCUCAAUUCCCAACAUCACAGACAGUAAUAAAAACCUUAUGAACAGCUAGAAUCGAAUACUCAAACAUGGAGUAACAGAACCAAAAUAAAAAGAAAAAAAAAAAAGCAGAGAAAAAAUGAAGACACCUCCGUCUUCUUCCUCCUCCUUCUCUGUUCUUAGGAAAACCCGGUUGUCUCCAUAUCUCUUUACGUUAAUUGCUUUCAUCGUCUUCGUCUCCGUCCUCUACGGCGAGGACUUCAUGUGCCUCUUUGGUCAACUCCCGCUAAACCCCGACCGACCCUUCUCAAGAACCGAGAAGAAAUGGGAGAAGCUUCCAUUCGCCAUAGGGAGAACCGAAGAAGGGUGUGAUAUAUUCAGUGGGAGAUGGGUGAGGGACGAGUUGAACAGGCCGCUGUACGAGGAAUCGGAGUGUCCGUACAUACAGCCGCAGUUAACGUGCCAAGAACACGGUAGACCUGAUAAGGAGUAUCAGUACUGGCGAUGGCAGCCUCACCGCUGCUCUCUUCCGGGGUAAACUUCAAUUCAUCCAAUGUCGUUAACUAAUUCCUUCCUACAAAUUAAGAAUAAAACAUCUUUUAAUUUCUUAAAGCACUAGGCUUUUGGGUUCUUAGACAUGACAGGGUCAGAAUCUUGAAUAGGAGGAAAUGGAAGGGUGUUACUAAUACUAGGAUUUCCUGACACAAUCUCUCAGCGGCUAUCUAGUCAAAGUCCUUUUUUUUCCUUUUUCUUUUUUUUUUUGGUAAUAAGAGAGAAUAAAAUUCCCAAUAAUAC